AUGAUCGCGAACUACAGGCCGUCGCGCCCCGUCGCGUUUGUGCUCAUCCUACUCCUGAGCAUCACCUGCAUCUCCCUCCUCCUCCUCCAAGCCCGCUCUCCAGACCUCGCGGGUCUCCUCACAGACUCUGAGCUCACACACCGCAUCACCGACGACCGACAUGUAUCGCCCUCGCCGGUCCCCGCCGCGCCGGGCUCGUCGUACUCCCAAGCACACCCCGCGAGCACAAUACCGUUCAACGGACACAAACGCGCCAACGCGACUAUGCUUAUGCUCGCGAGGAAUAGCGAUUUGAAUGGCGUGUUGCAGAGCGUGAGGGAGGCGGAGGACAGGUUCAAUAGGGAGUUCCAGUACCCGUGGGUGUUCUUGAACGAGGAGGAGUUUAGCGAGGAUUUCAAGACACGCGUUGGGAACUUGAUAGCUGGCGAGGUCAAGUUUGGCGUUAUUCCGCAUGACCACUGGUAUCAACCAGACUGGAUCGACGAGGACAGGGCGAAGAAGGGCAGGCAGGAGCUCGUCAGGAAUAAGGUCAUCUACGGUGGCAGCGUAUCGUACCGCAACAUGUGCCGCUUCAACUCUGGCUUCUUCUACCACCACGAGCUCCUAAAGCCGUACAGGUGGUACUGGCGCGUCGAACCAGACGUGCACUUCCACUGCGACGUCAACUUUGACCCCUUCCACUACAUGAUCGACCACAACAAGACCUACGCCUUCACCAUCACCAUGCUCGAGUACGGCCAGACCAUCCCGACGCUCUGGCAGACGACAAAGGAUUUUAUAUCCGCGAACCCGCAGUACGUGCCCGAGGGCAACGCGAUGAAGUACCUCAGCUACAACAACGGCGAGACGUACAACCUGUGUCACUUUUGGAGCAAUUUCGAGAUCGCGGAUAUGGACUUUUGGAGGGGGCCGGCGUAUUCGGCGUAUUUCGAGGCGUUGGAUAAGGCGGGUGGGUUCUAUUAUGAGCGAUGGGGCGACGCGCCUGUGCAUUCGAUCGCUGCUGCGCUGUUCUUGCCGAAAGAGCAGAUACACUUCUUUAGGGAGAUCGGAUACUUCCAUCAUCCGUUCACACAUUGUCCGCGCGAAGACGAUAUCUGGAAGGCAGGGAGGUGUAGCUGUAACCCGAACGACUCUUUCGAUUAUACCGGGUACUCGUGCAUGCGCCAAUGGGACCGCGCAAUCGCAACAUAA